UGAGUCGGACCCUUGGUGGCUCAUUUGAGCGGCGCAGGCGCUAGCCCAUGGUAGUGUGGGCUUUGAUAUGGCUUGAUGACUUCUAGGCAUUUCUAGGUGGGACAAACCAAUGAGUCGACGGAAGAUGAUGGAAGCUCUGGGUUUGGAAUCUGGAAUGAGGAACCAAGGCUCGAGACCUUGGGGUGAACCUUGCUGCUCUGGUGGUCGACGCGGAGACCGUCGAAGGUCUUCUGUUGCGGUGUUUGACCUGAUUGGCUCUCAGUCAUCCAUUCAGUUCUCAUGGACCGGACUGGAGCCAUCAAAAUCACCUUCAACAACAGAACCAUCGAAGGCUGCGCCUGGCACCAAUCGACCAGAUCCAUGCAGGUAGGGAGGACGAGCAGGGCUUCGAGUGCUUUUCAGGAAGCCUCUUUGGAAGCCGUCUCUCCUCAUAACAAGCCGGGGCAUUCAUUGGAUGUGACCGGCGCAGCUUCUGUGCCUGCUAGGGCUGCCCGGGCACUACAAGAGGUGCUGAUGUCGGGUGCGCAGUCAUCGACCAGCAGCGAAGCCAGCAUUGUCUCUCACAAGGAGGAAGUGUUCGAAGCUGUGCGAGCGCACUUUGGAAGGAGCUGGCAGCAAUACUCCAACUCCCUGUCUGAAGGUGCAUUGCGGCUGGUGUCCGAGGAAGAGGCAGCUGGGAAGUCAAGUGCCUUCUUCGUAUUUAGUGAAGAUGGCAGGUAUUGCUUGAAGAGUGUGGCACCAUCAGAGGCCCAAAGCCUCUUGCAAAUCGUGGAGGACUACAAAGACUAUGUUCUCUCACACCAGACGCUGCUCCCGCGCUUCUAUGGGCUCUAUGAGGUCCGCUUGCGCGAUUCGUGGCGUUCGCCACCGGUCUGGCUGAUGGUGCAAGGCAACGUGUUGGGCGGCCGUGCCGCUGUGGUGCAGCGCUUUGAUCUGAAGGGCUCCACGCACGGCCGAAGAGCGUCCAAGAAGGAGUUGGCCAAAGGACGUGGGAGUGUUCUGAAGGAUUUGGAUUUCGUCUCGCACCAGUGCGCUUUGAAGUGUGCCAAGCCAGAAGGGCUGGAGGAAUGGCAAACUUGGAUGGCAUCUCUGGAAAGCGAUGCCAACUGGUUGGCCUCCCAUAACUUGAUCGACUACAGCCUUUUGUUGGGCUUCUCUGCCUGCUCAGUGGAUGAGCUACGGAAGCCUCUCUCUCAUGUGGUACGGCUGCAGGUUCAACGGAGCUCCUUGGGCAACCUUCAGAUUGAGAUUCCGGAGGGGUAUCAACUCUUGGUCUAUGCAGGCAUUGUUGAUUGUUUGAUGCCUUACAAUGCGCUGAAGCGGGUUGAGAACAUCAUUUGCGAUGCUUUGAUUUCAGGCGACAUCUCCUGCCAGCCGCCGCAGAAGUACGCACGGCGCUUCGCAGACUUCGUCACCCGCCUGUCGUGUCCAGAGGAGCUGCGAGAGCUGGUGCUGGAAAGACAGAGGGGCGCAUGGCGUCCCCUGAGCUUCAUGGGAGAGAUGGGGCGAAAGGAUGCCUUGAUGCUUUGCAAGAGGACUGAGUUCUGGAUCCUUCUCGGAGGCUUAGGUGGUCUUCUCCUGACCUACCACAGAAGCUUCCGCUCGUUGAAUUGCAGGAGCCCGCAAUCCUAAAGGGAAUGGCCGGGAUGUUUGUUGGGACGCCUGCCGCGAUGGAGGACGAGAUGCCUUCUCUCCUCCCGUCCUUCUCUCAAGUUCGCCGGGCCAACGGAGGAACAAAAGGGUGCAGGUUUGGCUCUGCAAGCCUCAUUGAAACAUAGCCUUCAGUUGGCCUUCCAAGACACCAACGGCAGGC